AUGCGCGCCUUCAACAUCAUCGAGCACCCGACGCUCGGCGGCGAGGCCGCCUCGCGCAAAGACUACUUCGCCGUCUUCGGCAUCGCGAGUGCAGCAGCGACCAUCGCCGCAGCGACCACCGUCGUCGCCCUCCGUGCGACCGGCACGCCCAUCGCGGCCGUCAUCGAUGCGCAGCCUGUGCACCCUGCUGGGCAACUACACGCAGCACUGAGUGGCUUAUGGUCCGGGUCGCAGCUGAGUACCACACCGAACGUGUCGGACCGCCCGAACGCCCCUGUGUAUGUUCUCCGCGCCCGAGCGGACUGA